AUGAGGGGAAAGUUCAGCGACUUCGACAUCAUGACAUUCCUUGGAGAUGGAAAAUGUCAACCUGUGGAAUAUGUAAAUAUCCGUGCGUAUGCAGCUGGAAGUGGUACAACAGCACAGUUUUGGCAAAUGUUGAACUCCUACAUUUUGCAUAUCAACAGUGAGUCCACAGGCUGUGGUUUCAAGCCUAAUAUUGGAGCCAUUCCAAGUGAAGACAACUUUGGCUACUAUGGCAGUCCCAAUAGCAACUUUCGGUGCACCGCAAGUGAUGAUUCAACAACCCAGUGGUGGUUUGGUGGAUACUUGGCUAAAGCUUGA